AUGAUCCGAAACGUGCAUAACUGGAGCAAUUUUGCAGCUAGUACCUGCCGUGAUCUGGAUUUCACUUGCGCCAUUUGGGCACGUCUCGGUGAAUGCAACGACAUUUUCCAGCAAAACACGAUGCACCACAUCUGUCCCUAUUCGUGCGGUCUUUGCGACGACGAGAACAGCAACAACAACAACAAUAGCAACAAAAACAAGACCCCAAAGAAACCGGUAAAACUGUGCGAGGAUCGCGGAAGCUAUCUGACAUGCAAGCUGGCCCUCUUCUUCGACGAGUGCCAUGAAAAGGCGGAUUUAUGCGCGAAAACUUGUGGCGCUUGUUGA